AUUAACUGUGAGGGAUGUAAAUCCCAUAAUCCUUUGUGAGAUUGAGGCGAGGAGACCUUAAAGCUGCCGUUGAAUAGAAGGAAUAACGAUUCAAGAGGAAAACGGGAGAGAAUAACAUAUUUUGUAGACUGAAGUAAUGAUGUAUUAACUACCUUAUACUGUUGCAAUCAUACUGUUCAAAACAUUGCUGCCAUGACCUCAUGCUUAAACUACUUCUGCAGGUACAUAACACUAUAUUGAGUCAUAAUAAUCUACACAGAUUAUUUUGUUCUUUGCUGCUAUCACCACUCAAGAUUGACCUCUUUCUACAUCAGAAACACCCUGAGCCCUUCUUUGCCCUGGCCAGGGAGCUGUACCCAGGACAGUUUAAGCCCACAGCAUGUCACUACUUCAAGUUGCUGAAGGUCAAGGGACUACUCAAAUGCUGCUACUCACAGAAUAUUCACACCCUGGAAAGUGUAGCAGCAGAACUGGAAGGAGAGGACCUGAUUGAAGCCCACGGCACCUACACCUUACUGUCAGAUUUAUGUGCCGGAAAGAGUAGGACUUGGUCUGGAUGAAAGAGAAAAUCUUCUCUGAUGACAUCCCCAAAUGUGACAAGUGCAGUAAUCUGGUUAAAGGGAAAGGGGAUACCUAGUCAGUUGUACAACUGAAUGCAUUCAACUGAAAUGGGUCUUCCGCAUUUUACCCAACCCCUCUGAAUCAGAGAGGUGCGGGGGGCUGCCACAAUCGACAUCCACGUCUUCGGUGUCCGGGGAACAGUUGGUUAACUGCCUUGCUCGGGAGCAGAACGACAUAUUUUUACCUUGUCAGCUCAAGGAUUCGAUCCAGCAACCUUUCGGUUACUGGGCCAACCGCUAGGCUACCUGCCACCCCAAACCAGAUAUUGUUUUCUUUGGUGAGAAUCUACCAAAGAGGUUCUUCACCUCAAUGGACAUGGACUUUCCUCGCUGUGAUUUGCUGAUUAUAAUGGGUACCUCCCUGCAGGUUCAGCUCUAUGCUGCUCUUGUUGGCAGGCAGAUCCUGUAUUAAGGAUGAUAGGCAUUGUCGGAGGGAUGGACUUUGACUCAGAGAAAGCAUACAGGUGAGAAGCUAUCACUUUCAAUUAAACUAUGAUGAUGAUGGUGUUGGAAGUGUUGCUGAUUAAUAUUCAUUGGUUAUGAUUUGUCAAAACCAAGGAGGAACAGGCCAAUCAGAGCUCUGGGGCUGCUGGGAAUGCUAAGGUAGAAUAACCAAAGAGAGACCGGGCCGGCUCCAACCCAUCACUAGGCUUCAGUCUGGAAGCAGAUUUGCAUACAGUAACCAGGACUGUGCUCUACUGUCUGGUUUUGGAGUUUCUCAUUUAGUUUGCACUCUACUAACUUCUCUCUCCUCUCCAACCUCUGUUUGAUGUAAACCCACCUCCUGACUCCUACUGUGUGUAUUGGUCUGUCUUUUGACAGUUCCCACAGAUGGAGUUUAUAGCAAUACACACUAAAACAAGCAUACUUUUCCUUCUGAGGGAGAGACCUACAGACACUGAGCUGUCAGCAUGCCAAAUAGCUCUGUUGAGUCAGUUGAUUCAUUUAGACAGAAGUGACAAAGUAUAGAAGACAUGGCAGGGUAACAAAGAUGAUGAAUAUCUGAUUCAUCCACUGAUGCAGUGACACAACUACUGUAAAUAGAAUGAAAAAAUAUAUAAUAUAGCAUUUUAUGAUCAAUUACUAUUUACAAUCAAUUAUAAUUAUGCAUUUGUUUUUCAUGGCAUUGCUUUCUGUUCUUAUUGUUUAUAUCAAUUGUUUUAAUAUAAUUAUUUUUAAUCUAUUAAGUGUACCUGUGGCAUUUGGUUUCUCUACUUCCUGUGGAUGUUGGCGUUGGACGUUUCUAUUUCAGCACGAAUGAUGCAGCAGAAAGUUACCACAGUGGUGUAAUAUGAUGUCACAGUACGUCUCUGCUGUUGACCAAAUGCAACUCCAUGCUUUCUAGAAGAUUGUGUGUGAUACAACGAAGUAAAAACACAAAAUAACGUGGCAAGGUCUCCCGCUGAAGUUGGUAUUUUUCAUGCACACACACUACAUUAAGCAUUGAGCUCAUACACAGCUGGUACAACUGAUGUUGAUUGGUACAACUGAUGUUGUCUGUGUUGGGUGCAUGGGUUGUUUAAUUCUAUGUUGAAUGUAUUGUAACUGUGAGUUGAACAGAAAAUACUAUUUACAGUCCACUUAGAAUCGCACCUUUUAUUGUCAUGCAGCUUUUAACUGAAUCCAUUGUGUCUGUGUUUCCAGCUCUAUAAAGUGCAACAUUCAGAUGUGUCUCUGGGUAAAAGAGAGCGAGAUGAGCAUUAUUCAGGUCUUGAGAGUAAAGGCUAAGCAGACUCAUUUCUUUAUGUUAGAUGUGUUAGCAAGGUUAACCACAUGAAGGGGGUGGGAGAUGAAGGAGGAGGAGAGAAUGAGAAAAAGAAAAAUAGAGAACUUGUGGGCAAGUGGAAGUGCAACAUCAAAUGUCAAGGUCUGUGGUAGAGGCAGGUGAUGCAUCGACACAAAAUAUACUUCUGACGGAACAGAGAAAGACUGUUGCCGAGGUACGAAAUCUGCAGUAGACAAAUGUUUUACCCUGUUAUUUUUCACCGAUAAGACAAAUUGUAGAGCAACAUAGUUAGAAUGUCAGAGGACAGGUCUGUAGGCACAAGGUUACAACUUGAAGAGAUCUGUGGAGUUUGUUAGGCUGGCAACAUGAAGAGAUCUGUGGAGUUUGUUAGGCUGGCAACAUGAAGAGAUCUGUGGAGUUUGUUAGGCUGGCAACAUGAAGAGAUCUGUGAAGUUUGUUAGGCUGACAACAUGAAGAGAUCUGUGAAGUUUGUUAGGCUGACAACAUGAAGAGAUCUGUGGAGUUUGUUAGGCUGACGUGGAUACAUAAAGUCACAGCUACUUUGACAAGCAGCCCUAGGGGCCGUUAGCAGUAAGUAACCCUUUUUAAUACAUCUGUCAUCUCAAAUCAGCCGUAAAGGUUAGUUCACCAACUUUUGGGUAAACUAUCCCUUCAAAUGUUAGUUGAGGAAGGAUAUAAUCACUAUUUUAUUCCAGAAUAACUUUUUCAAAUAGUUUAAUGUUCUUUGUUUCAUAUAUUUCAUGUUGAUAUAUUUGAUUUCAUCUUUAUCCAUAUGCAGUUGGCAUACACUAAACACUUUGCACAACUAUGUUUCUGUGAUGUCCUCUAGUCUGGGAUGAUGAGGGUGUUCGGUAGAUCAGGAUAAGAAGAAUGACUCACGGAGGUGUGAGUGGCACGGUGAGGACAGAGAAUGAGGUUACUGAUAGAGUUUCGAGGAGGCCCCUGACUCUGCUGGACAGGUUGCGACUGUCAGGACACCUGGGCCACUGUGAUAGAGACGAGGCCCAUGCUGCCCUCUGGGGCUGGCCUGCUAGGACUCCUGGCUGUGUCCCACCUCUGACCUCCAGCCUGAUCACUUGACUCAGAGGGCUCCUGGUACUGCCAUGUGCACCAUACAGCUGACAGCAGCCAAUGGUGCUCUGUCCAUCAUCAACCCACUCUAUCUCCAUGAGCAUGGCGAUGACUGGCUGACGCAUCAACCAACCAGCCCACAGCGAGUUAAUCGGCCAUCCAAUUAUAGGCGUGAGAGACGACUUAGUACGAGACCUUGGUCAGGGGCGGAUCUUCUUACUAAGAGAGCUAUCUCAUUGGAGCAGGAGCCCUGCAGCUCUAGUCCUAAUAAUCCAGUCUUGUCUACAGGGUCUCCUGUAGUCCAGACUGCCCCGUCUCCCCCCACCCCUACAGGGGGGGUGGUUCUGAGGAGGCCCAGUAGGGAUGCUUCCGUUGAGUCACUCCACAGAACAGGGAGCCAGGACCGCACUAACACCCUCAGGACCCCCUCAGACCCCAAGCCCCUGCUCAGCCCUGCCCCUCAGUCGCCUCAGAGUGUGUCCUGGAUUGAGGACAAUGUAUGGCUCUCCCAACCACCACCCCCCUCCCUCCUCCUCCCUCCCUCCCUGGAGCUAGACUCGCUGUCAAUCAACAGCGCCGAGGAGGAGCUGGAGUCGGUCACCAGUCGCUCCCACUCCCCCCACCCCUCGCAUCGGUUGACCGACAAGGUGAUGCACCGCCUCUCGGCUGUGGGCCUCGCCAUUGGUGGGCUGGGGCGUUCACAGAAGAGGCUGACCAAGCGGGUGCAGGAGCUCAGCAAGCGGAGGGACGGAGUGUUUGCUGGGGCAGUGCUGGGAUUCGUUGAGAUGACCCUAGGGGCUGGGUUUAUCCCUGACAUGACAGGUGCGGACCUGCUUCAGGAGGUGCGUACGGCUCUCACUGCCCUGAGAGAGACACUGCUGGACUGUCCUGAGAUACACAUCCUCAUAGACAGUAUGGCCGACACAACAGACUGGGAGCUGGAUGCCAUACUGGAGCUCUCCCUACACAAGGUGGCCCUAAAGCCCGUGAACGCCCACCUGUACACCUGCCUCCAGAGCUGUCGGGACCACGACGGUAGCCUGCGGAAGCUGAGGGAGAACCAGCGGCUCCUGGAGGGCCGGGGGGUGGAGGAGCUGGAAGGGACGCCUGGGGCGGGGGUCCCUGACCCUGUCACCCUGGAGAAGAUCCAGCAGAGGUGGUCAGCCAUGCACCAGUCCUACUCCCCCAGCAGGAAGGUCCAUAUCCUGCUCAAGGUCUGCAAGACCAUCUACCACAGCAUGACGGCCAAUGCCAACCCAGGUGUGGUGUAUGGGGCUGAUGACUUCCUGCCCUGUUUGACCUGGGUGCUUCUGCGUGGUGAUGUGGUCACUCUGCAGCUGGACACUGACUACAUGAUGGAGCUACUGGACCCCACACAGCUGCAGGGAGAGGGAGGUUACUACUUGACGUCCCUGUACGCCUCUCUCUUCUACAUCAGCAGCUUCCGCCCUCGUCUCGCCACGCGCCAGCUUACCACCGAGGCCCAGCCUCGUCUCACCACGCGCCAGCUUACCACCGAGGCCCAGCCUUGUCUCACCACGCACCAGCUUACCACUGAGGCCCAACAAUCCCUGAGCCAAUGGCAUCGCAGGCGCACCGUGCACUGCAACCAAUCACGACGCAGCACGAAGCGGAGGACCCUCCGGGGACCUGGGCAUGGCGAGAAGGGCAAGGAAAACUCCAGUGACGCAGAGCCGGAAACUGGCGCAGUUUAACUGAUGACCCACCGGCGCCCCCUAGUGUUGUGGCAAAGGCACUGCACAUAAUCUCAGAGGUUGUGGUAGCGGUGAGGGAGGAGGAGGGCAGCAGAGUGGAGGGUCAAGGACCCCCAGCUGCACAACUCCAGGCCUCACCUCGGAAGGGGAGACAGGACUCAGGUUAGUCUCCGCAGCGUCCAUGAGGACCACAGAUGCUAACCUCCACAGCGUGGCCUUCGCUCCAGAUCAAAACUCCAAACCUACAACCUAAUUUUGGCCAAAAUUAACCAGAUAGAUUACUGCUGCCAAGUUUUCCUGUUUCCAAGCUAUACAGAGGGUGCUCUAGAAAACAAACAGCAGAGACCUGAGGACACCAUCCAACCUGGAACUGAGUGAGUAGUGUUUGGUCUGAUGCUAUUUUGAAAGCCAAGAAUAAAAAUAAAGUACAUUACAAUGAUAUAUUUACUUUAUGGAGACUGAAUGCUGAGUUAAGGCUGCCAGGCCUGCUAGGACAGACCAGAUAUAACUUCAAUUAGCACUGAGGUGUGAAGUGAAAGGUGUUGAAGCCUUUGGGACCAACAAGUGGCAGGAGUAUUUGAAGCCCCAUCCUGCUGUUCAAAGAUCAUCCACUGGGAUUUUCUACAAGAAAUCUGCCUCCAGAAAUAAAAGUUUCUCCCAAGUGGUUGCGACAUCUACUCCCGUUGCCUGCUGCACUGCUGCUUGGAUUCCACCUGGCGAUCUGUUCACCGUCUGCCCUGGUCUGUCUCCCCCUGACUGGUAGAGGUACCCCCACCACACUCACCCCUCUCUCCUGAGCUUUUGCUCGCCUCCAGCACUCACGCAUUAUUGGGGUGAGUGACUCUGAACUUACAAUGGCUAGCCCCAAGUCGAUAUAUAUUUUAUUAUUUUCUUGUGCAUUUUGCUAUUUUGCUUUUUGACUCAUGACUCCUGCAUACUUUGUUGACUACAAACUUUCUUUACCCAACCGUGGGACAGACUAUGUUUGUUCCCACACUCGGGACUCUGACUCUCUAUUGGUUACACAGACUUUUGGCCUCCCAUCCUAUUCUAGCCACCUCUCACCAGCUUUGUGUUCAUGUUGCCUGAAAUUGCUGUACAAUAUGAUCUUGUUGCCAUCUGAUGCACAUUCAGAUGUCAUAAAUCAGCACUGCCGAGCU